AUGUUGCUUGCCAAUCCACCAGCACAACUCGUUCACUUUACUACUGAAAUUCAUCCACGCUGUAUAUCACCAUCAUCCCCAUCUUCCUCUUUUUUCAGCCAACGUUCAUCAAGGCGCUCUUUUAACGACAACGAUAGCAAGAGGAUUUAUAAGGUGCUGCAAUCGAUUGAUGAAGAAUCCGAACAAGAUGUUUGCAAGCCACUAUCAGCCAUGAAAUCUCAAAGUAUACUUGAUGGCCAUGGGAUUAGAAUCCAAAGGAGAAGCAGUGCGGCAGCUGUUGUAGCACCAUAUGGCACCUCCAAUAAGGAGUCAUCCAUGCCAUCCGACAACACCAUUUCCCGCUCAUCUCAUUUCCCGACAAAUGGACCAUGUGCACCACCACCACGUCGAAGGUCAUCAGCACCAACACAACUUGUUACUAUUCUUGAGGAAGAUGAAUCUUGA